AUUUGUUGGGAAGUCAACUAACUUUGGAGAUUGCGAGACGUGUGUCGCGUACUCAGCUGGUACAACAUCACUUUGCGAUCUUGAUCGUUUGUCGCACAUUUUAAUGUUGCUAUAGUUUCCCGUUUUGGUGCUUUGAAGUUCUCAGGAUCCCACUUAACGUCCUAGAAUAAGAAGCAGAGGUAGCCGUGUCAACUCUCGAGCAUGACAAGAGGGGAUCGUCCCGAAAAUGCAGCACCCCCUGAGGUUUUCUACAAUGAACAGGAGGCUAGGAAGUACACCACAAAUUCUAGGAUGAUGGCAAUCCAGGCUCAGCUGACAGAACGUGCGCUGGAGCUCCUGGCUUUGCCUGAUGACGGCCGCAUGAAAAUGCUGCUUGAUCUGGGUUGUGGCUCAGGCCUCAGCGGAGAGGCCCUGACAGAGCAGGGGCAUUGCUGGGUGGGCAUGGACAUCAGCGAAGCAAUGCUGGAUGUUGCCCGUGAGAGGGAGGUUGAGGGGGACCUGUGCCUGCAUGAUCUGGGCGAUGGGCUCCCACUGCGGACCGGCGCCUUUGAUGGGGCCAUCUCCAUCUCUGCUGUACAAUGGCUGUGCAAUGCUGACCGGCGAGGGGCGGAUCCGCGGCGGCGCAUGCGCAGGUUCUUCGAGACGAUGUACAGCUGCCUCACCCGGGGCGGCCGCGCGGUGCUGCAGAUCUACCCGGCAGACAGCAGCCAGGCGGAGAUGCUGACCUCAGCAGCCAUGCGUGCCGGCUUCAGCGGCGGCCUAGUGGUGGACUUCCCCCACAGCACGCGCGCGAAGAAGUACUUCCUGGUGCUCAUGGUGGGCGGCUCAGCUGCCAUGCCAGCUCCUAGGGGCAUGUCUGGGGAGGCGUCUGACGAGGAGGAAGGGACGGUCGCGGUGGCCGGGCGGCAGCACAGCAGCAAGAGGCGGCGAGUGGGUGCAGAUAGCGCAAGGGCCAAGGGGAAGGCAUGGAUCCUGAAGAAGAAGGAGCAGGCGCGGCACAAGGGCUAUGUCGGCAUUCCUGGCGAUACCAAGUACACAGGCAGGAAGAGGAAGACAAAAUUCUGA